UGGCCAGCUUGUCAUCUCCUCCCUCUUGGGCUUCCCAGACACUGAGUCUGGAAUGAAAAUUCACCUGCCUCUGAGUUGGUCACUGGGUGGGUGGAGGGGGGGCGGCAGGGGUGUUACUUGGGUUCCCAGGUUGGAAGAUUAUCUCACCCAGCCCAAGCUAUAUAACUGGCUGGUGUGGAGGGGCUCCACAGGCCAGCUCCAGAGGUUCAUUCCACAGAAGGAAGCACACAGACUGACUGCUGCCAUGAUGGUGCUGAGAGGGGAGGAGCUGGUGCCAGGGAAAAAGAACAGCCAUGAGGAAGCAGGGGAAUUCCUCCCUGGGGACUUCAGAGAUGGAGAGUAUGAAGCUGCUGUUACUUUGGAGAAACAAGAGGAUUUGAAGACCCUUCCAGCCCAUCAUGUGAACCUGGGGGAGCAACAAUGGAAAAGAGAGAAACAGCAAGAGGCAGAGCUCAAAAAGAAAAAACUCGGACAAAGAUCGAAGCUUGAAAACUUAGAAGACCUUGAAAUAAUCAUUCAACUGAAGAAAAGAAAAAAAUACAGGAAAACUAAAGUUCCAGUUGUGAAGGAACCAGAAUCCGAAAUCAUUGCAGAACCUGUGACUGUACCUCAGUUUCUGAGAGCUGCACUAGAGAAUAAACUGCCAGUAGUAGAAAAAUUCUUGUCAGAUAAGAACAAUCCUGAUGUCUGUGAUGAGUAUAAACGGACCGCUCUUCAUAGAGCAUGCUUGGAAGGACACUUGGCAAUUGUGGAGAAGUUAAUGGAGGUUGGAGCCCAGAUCGAAUUCCGUGAUAUGCUUGAAUCCACAGCCAUCCACUGGGCAUGUCGUGGAGGAAACCUGGAUGUCUUGAAACUGUUGCUGAACAAAGGUGCAAAAAUUGGUGCUCGAGAUAAGCUGCUUAGCACAGCGCUGCACGUGGCGGUGAGGACAGGUCACUACGACUGUGCAGAGCACCUCAUUGCCUGCGAGGCGGACCUCAAUGCCAAAGACAGGGAAGGCGACACCCCUCUGCAUGACGCGGUGAGGCUGAAUCGCUAUAAGAUGAUCCGACUCUUGAUGACGUUCGGUGCAGACCUCAACAUCAAGAAUUGUGCUGGGAAGACCCCCAUGGAUCUGGUACUGCACUGGCAGAAUGGGACCAAAGCAAUAUUCGACAGCCUCAAGGAGAGUUCCUAUAAAACCUCUCGCAUAACUUCAUUCUAAGGAAAGAGAUUCAUCAGGAGCUGUUCACAGGCAUUUUGAAAGCAUCGCCCAGCCCAACAACCAGCUACAAAAUCCAGCUUCUGCUUGUCAGCCUAAUAGGAAGAUAUACUUGAAGAAGCUUCGAGAAAGCACAGGGUUAUAGGUGUUUAAAUGUCUCUGACAGUCACCGUUUUUAUUUAUUCUUGUCUAUUCAUUUAUUUUGUAACACUGAUUCUUGCUUUCAUGAGCAUCCAUUUGAUGAGUAAAACUUAAUCUACAUGUAACACUCUCAGAGCCCUCUCAUAGAUAGCUCUUAAACUGUGUAGAUGAAGAAGACCUAAGGCCUGCUUAUGUGUCCUCACUCACAGAAGCUGUCAAGGUAUGUUUAAAGGGCAAGGGUGAUUAUUGCAACCCUUCUGAAUUCUUACUGGUGAUGUUUGAAUGAAGCAACAGAAGGCAUGUAGAAACGGGGAAGGAAACAAAAGACUGAAAGAAGUUCAUGGAGCAGACUCUCAAGUCAGCCGUUUCACCCCUGGGGCUGGCUGGAUUUGGUUGUUUACUAAGUCACACAAUGUCCUUAAGUGAAGAGAACGGCAGGAUGGCAAGUCUGGGCAGUGGAGGACGUGGCCAACGCGGCCAGGAACUGAGUUCGAAGAAAAAAGGCAUAAGGAAACGAAAACUGUAAAUGUGUAAAUGUAUGUUAUAUGUACAUUUUAUAUUCAUAAUAAAUGCAAACAAACUCUAAA